CGAUAUUGGAUAUUGGAUCUGAGUGCGCGCUGGUCAAGCUUUGCGUUACUUAAAUUACAAAGACUUUCCAACUUGUAGGUAAGUCGGGGCAGUUAAAUAUUUAUUUCCCAAAGCCAAAUUUUUAUUUGUUCCUGCUCAAUUUUAUAUGCCUGUUUGAUCAACAAAGAUAAACAUUGGCUAAUCAUAUUCUCUCUGAUUAUGCUGUUUUUCCAGCUGACGUCCCAAGCUUACUAUAUGCUGAAUUAAAUCUCGCUUAUUCUGAACUAACUGUCAUUCUAUAGGAGAAAGAGAGAGUUGCAGAUCUGCAGUAUGCGAAAAGCUCCAUACGAUAAAAAUGCACCGAGAAGACCAUUGUCAGCAUUCAAUUUAUUUAUGAGAAAACGUAGACAAGAAUCAGAAGCGAUUGCAUCAAAACCAUUUGGUGAAAGAAAUCGUAUUGUUAGUGCUGAAUGGGCUAAUUUAUCUGUUGAAGACAGACAAAUGUAUACUGAUCAAGCGGCAGAAGCUCGAGAAUCAUAUAAAAAGUUGUUUGCUGAAUACAAAACAACUGAUAGUUACAAGAAUUGGUUAGCAUCGAAUCAGAUGGCUGUUACAAAUGCAUCAAAAAGUGGAUGUAAAAAAUCAAGAAAACCUCAAAAACAAGGGUAUUCUGGCAGCAACAACAACCACAACACUCUAGAUGAUGAUUAUAGAAUAUCAAUUUUUACUCAUGAAUUUUUAGAAUACAAUCGACUUCGUGAAGCUACUUUACGCCAGCUAAAAAAACAAGCUUCACAACUUGAAGAGGAAACAGCCUUGUUAAGUAAACAUGUUGAAAACCUUGUCAAUGCUGAACAAAGAACCAAGUGUCAAAUUAAAACAACAACGGAAUUAUUAAAUAAUGAAGAAAAUUUAAUGAAACAAUUAUGUAAAGAGUUAACAAUUGCUUUAGGUGAUAUCACUCUACCUAUCAACACGUCAGAUACAAGUUUGAAAGCAAUUGAACAUAUCACAGAGACCAGUGUAGAUUCAUUUCUUUCAAGGUUGGAUAACCUGAAGAAAUCGUCAUCACCAUCACCAUCGUUGUCGUUGUCGUCGUCGUCGUCUUCAUUAGAUUCAGAGUUAUUCACAAAAAUUGUGAAUACAAUCCGCUUAGCUUGUCAAAAUAAAGAUAUUAAAUUAUUUACUUGUGGAACAAAUUAAUUGAUUAUUUUGACACUCAAACAUUUUCAUUGUACAUAUUUAUUUUUUUGCUCAACUUUGUUUAAAGAACUAUUUAUCAUGAGUAAA